AUAAGAGCGUAAGCAGCGCGUCUGUGGUUCGCAUAACGUCUUGGCAACUAAACGCGUGCUGAAGUCCCGAAAGCAAAUACGCCACUUAAUUUAUUAACUUUUUUGUUGUAAACACACAAUGGCCACGUCCAAAUUGUGUGUUUUAUUGGCGCUCCUAUGCGCCGUCGCGUUGCUUGGCAGCGUCACAGCUGACGACCUUUUAGAGAGAACUUUCUCCGAUGAUGCUGUUGUUGAGGCGCGAAAUGUUGAAGUCGCAGUCGACCUACCUCAGCCUGAGGCUGAUAAGGUCCUUAGUGACCCAUUACCAGUUAAAUCCGAAUUGUCUGAAAGUCCCGCAAUUUUGCCUGUAGAGGUGGAAGAUAAGACAGAUGAGGAGGAACAAGGUAAGCCAGCCGGUGAUGCGGAUGUGGCUGAAGGUGAGAAUGCUGCUAUCGGCGCUGAGGAUAGUAAAACGGAAAAUCUGGAACUCGCAAUGAAUGCCGAGAUUUUGGAAAAACCAGAAAUGGCCCGCCUAGCGCGUCAUCUUAGAAGCUUCCACAACUAUCAGGUGUAUCGCGCUCAAAAAGCUGCCGGUUUACAACGCGCUGCCAACAGCAUUGACGAUGCGGAAGAAGAUGAUGGCGUAGAGCCCGAAGAACGCGCUGUACGUCGUCGUAAGCGUAUACGUAAGCGUAAGACCAACAACAAUGUACGUCGCACACAUCACAGAAAGAAUAUCGCCAAUCGUCAGAAUAGUGCCAAACGUCAGAACCAACGCGUCCAGUCAGUACGUCGGCGAAAUAUGAAGAACGCAGCAGUGCGUCGUCGUCGUGUCAACAACGGUGGCAAUACCCGUCGUGGUAGCAGCAAAAAGAAGCAGAGAAAGUCUUCGAGCGCCAAUAAGAAGCGCCGUUCAUCGAAAAAAGGUUCACGUAAAACCAAACGCAAAUCAUCACUGAAGAAACGCAACAAGAAUAACUACAAUAGCGGUCGGCAGCAUUUCGAGGACGAGCAGGAUCUUAACACCGCCCAAUUGCAAUCGGUGAACAGCGUGCCACAGAUGAUCGUCAUUCUGGAUGGUGAUAAGGCUGAAACUGCAAUUGUCGGUCAAGCUGCCUGAAACUGAUAAAUUCGUUUGAAAAUGUAUAUUUUAAGUAUUUAAAUAUCACGUUUAAUGUAUGCUAUUUAUUUUCGAUUUAAUAAACUAUGUUUAAGAAAAG